AGCGUAACAAGACCAGCAUCUGACGGCAGCUUGUGCCGAUAUCUCUCAUCCGACAUUUGUCCAAGGCUGUUCAUGAGAAGAGAGUCACAAGCCUUGUUUCUGACGACAUCCCUUGUCCUCUUGUUUUGUUCUGCUGCCUCUCACUUGGGGCAAUUUGCGGGCGUGCAAGAGAGGGUUAUUUACAAGCGACCAACCGGAUCUGACCUUGACCCUGACACGUUGGAUGCCCGCCUAGUGCCAUCACUUUUUUCGCCUCACUCACACAACACUACUCUCACCACCCCUCUACACCGGCUUACACCGUCAGUCUCACCAGGGAAGCUCACCGUCUCGAGUCUACUUAACCAAGCUGUCCUGGUACGUGGAUUGAAUUACACAUUCCUCCUAUAAUGGACCGCGGUCGUGGAGGUGGUCGUGGGCGCGCGACCAAGAAGCAGCGUGCCGGUCUACCACCAUCUCACCAUCCAUAUCCGGAAUCGCUUCAUACGCCAGGCCCUUCAUUUGUCUCUCCGGAUGUUUCUCUUUUACCAAAAGUCCCCCAGUCAGCUCCCCAACGCGGGAACAAAUCCAGGCCGGUAAAUCAAACACCACAUCGCGCCUCCUCACCCAUGAGCAUGCCAACUACAGCCACCACGUCAGCACACCACAGCUUUCGGGCAUUCGCUCCAAAAACCGACAAGCCAGGUAGAAGCAACACUUUUCACUCGAGCUUCACCUUUGAGUCGCCAACCAAUCAUGGAAUGGCACCCGAGGCUCCUAUGGGCCGGAAGAGAGCCAAAACCUUUGAGACGGCCACCGCGGCCAGCUUUGAGGGUGAAGACGAGGCACAUUCAAAAGGUGGACACUCUCUUAGAAAGAGGACUCGUAUUGACUACGCUCAAGUUCUCGACGAUGAGAUUGGUCUUGCUGCGGCGAGAAACGGUGCCGAGUUGCCCCCGAAAAUGACGGCAGCUGCUCCCACUGUUGCCCGGCCACGCAAGAGAAAAGGCGCUCAUUCACAAGAGGAUACGGACGAUGAGGCAGAUGAUGUCUCGUCGACUACGAAGCGUCGACGAGCUGACAAGUCUCCUGCUGCCCCUCGCGCCGCAUCGCGUCGCCGGAAUACCGGCAAGAAACUGCCCACCGGAAUGAGCGCCUACAUCGAUCAGCCAUCUGACAACGAUGCCGUGCAGGACACGAUUCUUGUUGGGGUUUCAAUGGAUGCGGAUGAGGAAUCGGAACAAUCAUCAUAUCGAGAAUCGGAUUCAGCACCUUCAUCUCCAGAAGGAACUAACCCAGCAAGGCGACAAGACCAGCAGCCAGAGACGUCGAAGCAGAGAGACCCUGUAGCUGCGAUCAAUCAGCCGGCGAUGAUUGCACCAGAGAAUGGAACGGGAUUGAAUUUACCUGCCGCUGAGGUGAAUGGCCAAGUGAAUUCAAACGGCAUUGAGUCGGCAAUGGAUCUCUCGUUGGACCAUGUGCCCGAGACUGCUCCAAAUUCUGCCCAACCACGAGGCCCCGUUCAACUUGAACAGAGUCGUCAAGAGCAACACCAUGAGGAGCAACACCACAACGCCCCUUCUUUCAUUGAAUUAAACGGGACCCAUUUGGAACAACAACAACAACAACAACAACAACAACAACAACAACAACAACAACAUCAGACAGAAAAGCUUGACCCAGUUUCCGGCUUUCCAACUCCCGCCACAAAAUCUCUUCAGCCUGCCACUGAAAACUCGGUAGCUUUGUCCCAGCUUUCCGAGUCUAUUGCGCCAACGUCAACCGACAAUACAGCUUUAAGACAAAGUUUUACCGCCGCAGAAACGCCAGUUUCCGAGCCGAUCCCCCAGGAGCUGAUGCCAGUUCAGAAACCAAAGUCCCAGGGAUCACCAGCUGUGGAAAGUACGCCUGAUCAAUUUGACGGCGCUGUCGAGCUAGAGUCAGGAUCACCUCGCGAAGUCGAUCCGCCGGAAGCGCAGUCGCUGUCCACCGCAACAGUUGCCAGUCGGCCAGUCUUGCGCGCGCCCAAGCCCGUGGGACCUGCACGCCUGCCAAGGUUGGAGCGCAUCUACGAGGCCGAGACUCCUUUUGCCUCAGCGCUCAAUCUCGAGCCAUAUGAGGACGAGGACGUCAUCUUGCCCGGCCCAUAUACCGAAUGGGUGUACGCUGAAGAAGCACCACCCACGCCAACACCAAUGCCGACUCCGACACCGACUCCCAUGCCCAUGGAUAACAUCACGUCAGAGGUUACCUGGGAUGUGACCAGGCCGCUCAGGAGAAAGGACUUUGACAAGUUACACCGGAUAGAAUCAAAGCGGCGCAAGGAAAAAGGCCUCCCUCCAAUCACUUUCCGAGAUUUCAACAACGAAUGUGCGCGGCUUCACCAAGCUGCCAUCAAGGUCCAGUGUCGAGCUCAAGUCACGUCUACUCCCCAGCAUCAAACGGCGCCGGGAGUUAUAGUUAGCCCUUCCAGGAAGACACUACCAGAUAGCGAAGCUUUGGAGCCACAGUUGCCAACUGCUGCGCCGUCGCCAGCUGCGGAAGAUGAUGGUCAACUCGAUGCUCAGUUCGAUGGGAUGGAUGACCAGCAAGAAGCAGAUGACGACCAAGAGCCAGAUGAAAAUGAAGCCCCGAUACCAAAUCGGCAGAGCAAGCGCGCAAUGGAUCCAAUCGAGGUUACUAAGGACUAUCCUCGUCAGUACCUUUUCCCUAAACUCCGGGACCCUGCCGAGUUUGCUGCACUGCUAGAGAACCCCGAGGAGCUGGAUACGGAAACUCUGGUCAAUUCGACUGCCGCCGCCGUCGAGGCCCUUCACUCUUAUCAGCAGGAGUACCAAGAACUUAAAAGGAUAAUCGAUGAUGAGGAGAACUCCAAGAGACGACAAGCUAACGACAAGACCAUUGCCAACUGGGAAAAUCGCCAAAAGGAUGACGAGCCGCUGCCGUGGCGUCGUCACUACGAUGAGCCGAUCAAGGGGCCUCCUCCCUUUGAGCUCCGAGGUGCACGGGCUCCUAAACCCUAUGUUGACGACCCCGUUCUCGAAUAUCAGCGUGAGCAAGAUCGCAUCAUGGCCCAGGCGUAUGGCUUCAAGCACAAUAACCAUGUGUCCUUGAUUGGCCGUCAGAAUCCCGAGGAGCAGCGGUGGGAGGCGCCGGAAACAAGGCUCCGAGAGCGCAAGAGAACCGAGAAGGCUGCCGAAUUGGCGGAAGACAAUGUUGUUGAAGGGAAACGAACAAGGAGACCUCGUCAGAUUGCCGACCAGAGCAAGGAAGCCAGCCGCGCAGGCACCCCAACUCUCCCCGCCCCUCCCACAAGGCGUCCACGCAAAACAGCGACGGCAGCUGUCACCAACGGAGAUGUUACUGAAUCAACCGACCCGGCGCCCAUCCCAGAGUCUGUGACAGAGUCUCCACGCAAGCAACGCGCUGCAGCAGCCGCAGCCCGUGCCAGACAAAUCGCAGACGAGGAGUCAGCCUCUUCGGUUCCUCCCCAGGAUAGUAGUCAGGGCGACGAAGACUAUAAUGCCACACAGCUUGCCAAAGUUCGCAAGCGCGAAGCUGUGGACGCGCCUUCGUCUGCACGCACAUCAGAACCCGUCAAACCCGGAGCCAAGAACAAGCGGUUUAGCAAGGCUCCAACUUCAGCGCCCAUGCUGUCGGCUCCCGAGACUAUUAUGCCUUCCUUCUACGGCCACCCAUCUGCAGCCUCGGCCCAGCCCGAGUCCAGACCAUCGACCGCAUCCUCUGAACGAUCCGAUCGCACUGCUGAGACGACCGAGUCGACGUAUUCUCUACGUGACAAGCGCAAGCGCAACUUUGUGCUUGAGAAUGAUCCCGAGCUCGAGGCUCGCCCGCAGAGACGCAAGGUUCCUCAAAAGUCACUGAAUAACAAUCCCGAACCGAACGUGAAGCCGACGGCUACCAAGAAACUACGUCAGCCUCGUCAAACUCCCCUUUCGCGUCCUCCACCGGAACCCACACCGGCUCCUCCCGUCGAGCAAGCGCCUCCUCAGUUUCCGAUUGCGCCUCAGCAAGCUGCGCCCCCGCCCCCCCCAAGCGGAGGUUUGAAGGCACCCACCUUGAUCUACAGCAGCCCUCCGGUGCCGCAACCAGUUCCUGUGCUGGCUCCGGCGAAGCCAUCUGGACAGCCACCGGGGCCGUUCUUGCAUACCUUCAAUUCGGCUCCUGCUUUCCAACACGGAAUCCCCCCUCCACCUGCCGCUCCGCCGGCCAUCAAGAAACCGAUCACGAGGAUCAAGCUCACCAACACGACUGGUCUUGUCAAGGGCAGGCCAAUCGGCAAGGGCUCCCGUGGUGGCGGCAAGCCGGGCGGCUCCACGUUGAAUGCAGAAGGCAAACUGCCAACCUUGACCGAGCUCCAGGCUGAGGUGCCAGAGAAGAGCUACUCGGAAAUGAGCAAAAGUGAAAAGAUGAGCUACUCGAUGAGAAGACGCUGGGCUUCGGGAGAGAUGCAAGGCGCGGUCGAAAAACGCCGGACGACCCUCGCCAACAAGAAGGCGGAGAAAGCGACUGGCCGGCCUGGUGAAGAUUCGGCUCCUGGAUCGGCCAAUCACUCGGGAGCGAGCACACCCCAACCGCAGCCCCAAAUGCUGCCGCAGCCACCGCAAGUUCAGGCUCUGCCACCAGUCCAGCAUCAGAUUCCAGCACAUCAACCACCGAUGGGCAUGAUGAUGGGCUCAGGGCCUCUUGCCUUGCCUGGAGGCCCUCCGCCCCCGCCUGCUCCUCAUGGUCCACCGGUCCUUGUGCAGCCGAGAACUCUGCAGCCUCCGCCUGCCAUGCAACAACCUCAGCCUUGGGGUCCGCCGUCUAUCAUGCCAGGACAAGCAGGGCAAAUGGUAUUUUCGUUCCCUCCACCACCUCAUCAGUUCCACGGUCAUCCGGGACAUCCAGGGCAUUCUGGACCCAUGAACUAGAUCGUAGGAGAUGAAAAGAUCGAUCUCUUGUUGUCAAUUGGAGGAAAGGAACUGUUGAUGGGAAGAAAGGAUGUUGAUUUACAGGAGAGAGGAAACACCAGUCGUGUGGAGUGUUUGGAUGGAACGGCGUCAUCCUUUGUAGCGGUCUGGUGUCAAAGGCCGCAUUUUCCGUUACAAGGAGCGGGUGAAGAGAGUUAAAGAUCUCAGUUUUUUUCAGUUGUUCGGGUCAAAGCAGUCAUUUUCCAAUCUCAUGGGAGAAGAGGAACUUCAUGGGGAUGGAUGGAUCUGGGGCGGUAGGUUUGGCAUGGCAGCAUACAGCAUGGGCGGCAAAAGCGAUGUAUAUUUUUGCAUUAGCAUUUUCACUGCACUGCAGAGCAUGGUCUGGGAUUUGCACUCGGCAAUCGGGACAUGGCAUCAAGGUCGGGUAAACUGCGUCAACAGCAUCGAUGGCAGCAGGUAGCAAUACUAGACUACAUUGUUGCCUCUCUAAUUGUCUUGGUCAUCUUCCAGGACAGUCUCGAAUGUUUUGGGUAUCCUCAUAAAGUCACUCUUGUCCCUCUGAACUGCCACAUCCGGCCUCACCAAGCUCAACCACUUUCCAUCACCAGGAUGCAGCCC